AUGACGACGAGCUACAGAUACUCCGAUGAGAUGAUCGAGUUCGUCCUCGAGAGGACAGUUCCGACGGAGCCAAUUCCCCGAGGAAGGAAGAGGGCGCUGUACGAAGAGACAGCUGAGCUGUUCACUCAAAGAUUUCCGGACUUUGAGAACACCGUCAAAUAUGCUCAGAUCAAGUACAUCACCGAACACUUUGGCAGCAGUGCAGACUUUGGAAACCGUAAAGGAAAUGUCAUCUACCAUGACCCCACGAAGAGCCGUGUCUCCAAGGCUACCCACAACCCUCCGAAGCCGGCACAAACUACUACACAAGCGAAAAAGAGCAAAUGCAUUCUCUGCCUCCAUUGUGAUGGAAAGGGAUUUUUGGAGGUGAGCGAGGAGCCGGCUGAUGCUGGCGCUACUUCGUCUGCAAACCUGCCGACACCUGUAACUCCUUACCCGAAUCCGGCCGCUGUUCCUAUGGGAACGAAAUCGUAUCAAAGCUUAGAGCCAGCUGCCGGUAUCCAUGGAACAUCCGUUGCUACACCCCUUGCACCUCCUACUCCUAACACUCACCGCCGACCAUCGCAGUUUGGUCCGUUGCUUCAGCAGCAAAGCCCCCACCCUCUAACCACACCAUCGGUACCUCUACGAGCCGGCAUCCGUGAGGGAAUUCAGCAAAGCACAGCAGUGCGCAACGCUCCCGCUUCCUCGACCCUAGGGGGCACUUGGUCUGCGAUUAACACUAGACGGGAAGCAACCAUGUCGGCUAAUGGGGUCAGAACAAAUGGAAACGGCGCCACGACACGGGGAAAUUAUAACCCCGCGGUGAGUGCAGCAGCGAGGAACUUCCAGAACUCAAUCAUGUCAAAGAGGCAGUCCUUGGGCAUGACCCACCAACGUAUCCCUGCAGAGCAGAACGGGGCUACAGCCAUGAAUAUGGGGACCCCGGCCCGGCCGGUUCACGGGCAAGCGGGUCAGAUGGCGGCUCCGAACAGAUAUCAGCCUGUUAGGCAAGAAGGCAGAGGAGGAAUUAUACCUCAGACCACCCGGCCUGCUCCGAGACAGCCUAUUCCGACGCCUAAUACGACUAAGAAGCCGAUGCCGUCGAUGGGACAGAACUCAGCAUUGCGGGCACUAGAAGCUGCUCCUGCUCGUGGUGCUACCCCUGCUCGUGGUGCUACUCUUAAGCGAUCCCGAUCUGAUGAAGAAGCAAGUGUGGGCAUUCCGGCUAGAGAUACGGAACACACCGGGGUACAGGAAUACAAGCUGAUGGCGAACGAGCCAGCUUCGAAGAGGUGCAAGGUUGAUACGAAGGAGAACCCUACCUUGGCGAAUGGUAACGGAAACCUAGAUGCAUCGGUUGCAUCAGUUCCGGUUCUAGAGCCCUCUUGGGACAGUUACCUGGACGAAGUUACCGGCGGCUUCUUUUCCGACGAAGUUGGAUUGAGCUCCGACCAAAACCAUGCUCCGACGGACAGCUCCGCGCUUGACCUCGGACUUGACGCUGGAGACGGCUUCCAGGUUGAUCAGAACCUUACCAACCAGGAUACUGGUUUGGUUGCUUCGACUGCGGCUGGGGAGUUUACAUUUGAUCUCGAAGCCCCUAAAGCCCCUGAAGCCCCUGAAGCCCCUGAAGCUCCUCGAGACGCCCAAGACGCUCAAGAGUUCGGAGACUUCGAUCUUAUCCGGGAAUUCUUGAACGAUCACGGCGAUGGUCUUGACUACCAGCUAACCGGCAACGAAGUAUUCGAGGAGAACACCAAUGCUGCUACAGGCACCGAGUUUGAGUACCCGGAUAUAUUUAGCUAA